AUGUACAUAUAUCAUCGAGUCACAAACCACACAAUCUUCCUAUUGGUGGAAUUGUCAUCAAUCUUGACCGCCAUUCUCUUUCAACCUGCUAACUCUCCGCCUGGAUCAGUCACCGAUCCUCGACCAACAUUGGAAAAGGUCGCCUCUCUGGACUGGAUUGGUGGCUUGCUCUCGGUUUCAACCGUUAUAUGUCUCCUACUACCUCUCCAAUGGGGAGGCGUAACUCGACAGGCACGCUCUGUCUCUGAAACCCGGAUCGCAAUGUAUCUCACAUUGACUUCAGUGGAACGACAAGGUCAUCGUUUCCUUGUUCGUCGUAUUCACCUCCUCAUUGCCUUUAUUGCAUGGGAGUACCGUAAGGGAAAGGACGCAAUGAUGCCUCUCUCGCUCUUCCUCAAUCGUUCGCAGGUUGGUGCAUCACUGAACGUGAUAUUCUCACGUAUCGCAUUCUUGGGAGCCAAUUACUAUCUCCCAUUCUUCUAUCAGGCUAAGGGGCGCUCCGCGAGUCAAAGUGGCGUCGACAUUCUUCCCUUCAUGCUCAGUCUCAUCCUUGCAAGUAUCGUUGGAAGCGGAUUCGUCAAACGCACCGGCCACUACUACGCAUUUCUGAUUAUAGGCCCCCUCUUUGCCUCUAUCGGUGCAGGUCUUCUCAUUACAAUCAACGAGUGGACGUCAUCCGCCAAACUCGUUGGUUACCAGAUCAUCUUUGGUGCAGGUAUGGGUAUUUCCGUUCAACUUCCAAUGCUUGCGAUUCAAGCUGAAUAUGCGGAUCGACCCUGCAUGGUUCCACAAGCUACCUCGCUCAUCAUGUUCUUCCAGAUGCUUGGAGGCUCCAUCGGUGUAGCAAUCGCUGGGUCCGUCUUCAAUAACCAACUCUCAAAGGAGUUGCCCAAGUAUGCACCGAGUCUACCGCCAAAGAUGGUCCAACUUGUCAAGCAAUCAGUCACCAUCAUCUUCGAACUGGAUCCAACACUGAGAAGUGGUGUUAUUCAUGCAUACAUCAAAGCACUCGACUAUAUCUUCAUCGUAGCCGUCCCAGCGUGCAUAUUAUGCGCAAUAGCCUCCGCUUUUGUCCGUAGUUGGAACGUUAAGACGCGAGAGGAGGAAAGUCGCAAACCAAUUCAAAGGACAGAACCAUAA